AUCCAACCAUGGAAGAUAAAAAGAAAGAACCCAAAAUCAGUCCUCAUAAUCCAUUUAAGGAUGAGAUCGAACAACAAAAAGGAAAGAAAUUAAGCUUAAGUAACCCUAUUACGAAACAGGAAUCGUCAAUCUGCUGCAGAUUCCCUCUAUCUAAAGCUGACAGGUUAAGAUAUUUUAAAAGAAUUCUUCAUUAUUAUGGCUACAAACUUAUUACUGCGGAAGAGAAGAAAAAGAGACAAAGAAUAUGGAAUGUUGAAGCUAUUGGACUAUCAGCAUGGGGAGGCUCACUAGGAUAUUCAUACUACUACUCUAAAUCAAGGUCCUUCUUUUAUAGUUUGUUUUAUCAAAAUAAAUUACUUGGAAAUGCUUACCUGUUUUUCCCAGUUUUUCUUACAAUAGGAGUGAUGUAUCAAGCACGUAAAUAUGAUUUUUAUUUACUUGAUAAAUAUUGAGGAGAAAAAUCAGAUGAAGAAUUAGCUCAAAUGGAAAUGGAUCUCAAUCCCAACAUAGCAAAAGUAUAUGGAGAAAAUCUUACGAGACUUCAAAUGAAGGAAAGGAAGUAAUUAUUACCUUUCCAAGGUAUCUUAAAGUUGAUUUAGUUAUUGAUAAAUUUGUACCAC